AUGCAUGCACUUUUCAACUGUAGUUUCCUCUCUCUGCCCCACCCGAGACUUGAGGCUGUGCGCGAGGAUGCUCAGAAAUUGGGGUGUGCAUCUGCAGUGGGAAGCAAUGCAAUACAGCUCGUAUGUGCAGUCGGGUUUGAAGUUUUGACAACAGCAUUGGAGGAAAAAACUUCUAAGGUUGUGAAGGAUGUCACAGCUCAGCUGGAUGUUUCUGAGUGUGUGGGGAUCUUUCAAGCGGCUGGGCUGGAAGAAUCCAUUGUGCCUUGCCUGGAAAUUGCGAAGAAAGAGAGAAAUGAAGUCUUUGUUGUAACUACGACACCGCUGCAGGGAGUUAAAAUCCCCGAGGGCCUCAAUGUCAAAAUGGUCUUCGGUGAUGGGCCUGAUAAUAUUCUUCCUAUUUGGGAGGAGGAGUAUUUACCGCAAACUUUGAUUCAGCGAGGGUGUCUUGUUGCAUCGGAGCCGCUUGUCCUUGUAACUAAGGGGCUAGAAAGUAUCCAGGAAGGAUUUAACCUGAUGAGAAAGGGCGUCUCUGCGGGAAAAGUGGUUGUUAUCGGGGAGUAG